UUUAGUUGCACUACUUUUUAUGGUACGCUAUAAUACGGAUCAUGGGAUUUCCAACAGGGCGCUAAAGCGACGAGUAAGGAACAGACCAGAAUUUAUAUUUUAUGGCAGCAAGGAAUCAGCAUGACAUUAAAGCUUCUUACCUGAGCAACAAUGUCACAAAAAGAUCGCAAUCUUGCCGUGAAGGUUACUGAAAAGGAAUUGACACUUCAGUGUGAAUGGGCCGAUUGUGAAGAUGUUUUCAACUCGAUGACUGCCAUCACAGAGCAUCUAAACACUCAUCUCACACAGUACUUCAAUCAGAUUGGUGAUCAAAGUUUGACUGGACAAGAAGGUCACCAGUGUCAAUGGCGGGAAUGCAGUACCCAGGUGGAGGGAGAGCCUACCUGUUUUCUUCGCCACGUCUACUUCCACCUGUUCCACAUAAAGAUCAAGUGUGUGGGUAAACUGUUGCUGGAGAAGACUGGGAGGCAGCAGUGCUUGUUUGACACACAGAGUCGCAACAUGCUGCCUGAACUGCCAGAAAGCUUCCUGUGUGGUUGGGAGGAGUGUCAUGUAAGAUUUGAAAAUGCAGAUCUGUACUAUAGACAUGUUGAAAGUCACACAGACUGUUUUCCAAGUGGUAACUCUGUGAAAGGUGGCUGCAAAUGUGCCUGGCAAGGCUGUACAACUGUUACAAAGUCGCGACACAAGCUGAAGGAUCACGUAAAAAGCCACACACAGGAGAAGGUGGUAGCAUGUCACACAUGUGGGGCCUUGUUUGCAUCAAGAACCAAGUUUUUUGAUCACCUGACCCGCCAGGCUGGAUACACCACAGGUCAACAGUACCAAUGCAGCCAUUGUAACAGUACCUUUGGAACUGAACGGUUGCUAAGGGACCACAUGCGUUACCAUGUGAACCAGUACAAGUGUCCAUACUGUGACAUGACGUGUCCCUCUCCUUCAAAUAUGCAGCUGCACAUCAGGUACCGCCACUCUGAUGAUAAACCAUUCAAGUGUCCGGAGUGCGAGUACAGGGCCAAGUCUGUGGCAGAUUUGAGGUCCCACCAGACUGUUCAUGAGACCAGGGAGGAGAUACGCUGCCAGGUUCCAGACUGCGACUUCACAACAGACAAGUUCCGCAGUUACCAGAAACACUUCAGGCAACAUCACGAGUCCGGACCGAGUGAUUACGAGUGUCAUGUUUGUGGUGCUUCCUUCAGCCGUGGUGCAUUGCUGUCGAAACAUCUAAAAAAUAAGCACAAGUUUAACUGGCCUUCUGGGCACUCAAGAUUUAGAUAUAAGAGGCAUCUGGAUGGCAAGUGGCGUCUGCAGACUGUGCGCUAUGAGAGCAUAGAAUUGCAGACGCAUGAAGAACCAGUCAGUGGCGCGGUAACAUCCUCUAGCCAGACACAAGUAGCCCAGUCUGUGUCUGACAAGUUACACCACAUGCCUUACCUCGCUGCCUCCAGCACAGAAGUUAGUGGUAUGCAACCUUCAGUCCAGGUGGACAAUCAAGGUGGCAGUCGCAGAAGCAUACAAGUUGUUACUGUGCAGCAAAGGUCAGAGUGUGAUGAUUUUGUUGAAACGGAAACGGGAAGUGAACUUGAUGAUGAUUAUGGCGAUGAUUAUGAUGAUUAUGGUGAAGAGGUGGAGGAAGGUGUUGAUGAGUCUAUUGACUUUGAUUUUAAUAAUUCUCAGAAUGAUAUAUCUAUCCAAUAUGGUCCAAAUGACACCAUUGACGAGGAAACCAAUGAUGAUUCUAAGGAAAAUAAUGGGCAAAAUGAUUUCUACAUCCAGGAAAGUCAUGACGGUAAUAAUAUAGACAUUGUACUUUACAACACUGGCAAUAGCAAUAACAAUGCUGUUGAAGCUGAAACACAAGGAGGCAAAAGUGUUGUCAACAAAAAACGGAAAAGGAACAAAUAUGAACAACAGGGCGAAGAUAAUAGCAAACCCUGCCAAGGAGUUAUACAAUCAGCUAAAAAGAAAAUUAUUGGCAAGUCACAUGCCAACAAAAUUGAACCUGAAAGUGACGAAAGUGAGGAGGCAAUUGAAAUUACGAUUAUGACCAAUAACAAGGGAGAAUACGUGAUUCAGUCUCAAGGUCGAUGCUAUAGUCCGGUGGCUGGUAGUGUUGGGGUCUGUCUAGGGGCCGAGGAGACUAUGUACAACCUUCAGAUGCUGGGAGACGUGGCGCUGCAGAAACACAACCAGAACUGAUGCACUUUAGAAUAUUGAAUAUUGUCCUGCUUGUGUCAGAGUUCCAUUGUGAAGUAUUCUUUGUAAAUUGUGUCUUAUGUGCUAGUGCUUAAAUAUUCCAUUUAAAAUUGCACCUCAAAAGCCAGUCUCCUAUUUUGGAAUUUGUAUGUAAAUUUUCCAUUUUUUGUGCCAGUAUAAUAAAAGAAUAAUCCAUGUAAAUUGAAGUUUAUGUUUGAAGUGUCUUGUCGAAAAGUCCUUGAAAAUGCUAGCUUUUGUGGGAGGCUUUCAAAUGCUAUAUUUCAGGAACAUAAUAUUGUGGCACCUAUAGCUGGGUUAAUAUUUAAUGGAAAUCGUGUCUUUUAUGCCAAUCUUCAUUAACUCGACUUUUCGAAGAAAAAUCAGAGCUAUACUACCCGCCCCCGAGUCGGCGUUGCCGUUGGUGAAAGUUUAAAAUUACUUUAACACUAUCAAAGAUAAUUAACUCAAACUUGGAAUACUUCUUUAUAGCAACAAGACAAUUGUGUAUAAUAAGUUGCAUAACUCUGUCAGCAUUUUUUUUAGAGUUAUGCCCCUUUUUAUACUUAGAAAAUUGAAAAUUUUGUUAAGUUUUGUGUUUAGGUACACUUUAUUCCUAAAGUAUCAAAGCUAUUGCUUUCAUACUUGCAACACUUACUAACUAUCAUAAGAGGACUGUGCAGGCAAAGUUAUGUAACUCUGACUGAUAUUUUGACAGAAUAAUGGCCCCUUUUGUACUUAGAAUAUUGAAAGUUUGGUUUAGUUUUGUGUUUUGGUCCAUUUUACUUCUAAAGUAUCAUAGCUAUUGCUUUCAGACUUAGAACACUUGCUAACUAUCAUAAGGGGACUGUACAGGACAAGUUGCAUAACUCUGGUUGGCAUUUUUACGGAAUUAUGGCCCUUUUUAGACUGAGUAACUUUGAAUAUUUUGUUAAAUUUUGUGUUUAGAUCCACUUUACUUCUAAAGUAUCAAGGCUAUUGCUUUCAAACUUCAAAUACUUUCUUACUAUCAUGAGGGUACUGUACCUGGCAAUUUGACUUUUACCUUUGAAUGACCUUGAAUCUCAAGGUCAAAUAAAUAAAUUUUGCUUAUAUUGCCAUAACUUCUUUAUUUAGGAUCAGAUAUGAUUCAUACUUUGACAAAACAACACUUACCUAACAUAACACAAUGGACUCCACCCAAACCAUCCACCACGCCCCAUCCCUCCCAGAACCCCCCCC